AACAAAUUCAUCCUCAACAUGCGGAUUUGGAUUGACCUUUCCACGUUUUGUUCUAUCACACACUAUGAUCUGCAUCUUCGUCAAUGACCAUCCACCUUGAUCAUUCAUCAUCCACGUCCACUUUCAUCUCUUCCUCGGUCACCUUGACCAUUGGCAUUCAUCACCACCUCAAUUCUCCUCCACCAAACAGAACCAACCACAUUCGGAGUGCAUUGGCACUCAAUUCUGCAUUGCAGAAACAUGUCACAACAUUUGGCAAGGCUUCGAGCUUCUCGGGCCAUGACCCCUCUAUUCAGUGAUGAAUUGAUCAUCAGCAAUGAUCAAAUCAGCUGUUUCCGUCACCUGUUCUCGAGACGUGAAUCAGUCCAGCUGGCUCCCACCAUAUUCCACGUUCAUACUCAUAUUCCUGCUUCCAUCCUUCCUUGCACUUGUCACCGAACAAUGGCCCAUGUCCAACACAAAUGCUUCUCACUCUCUUCCCGGUACGCCAUGACUUUCCCAGAAGGAAGUACGAGGCAAGCCUGCAUCAGAACUCCAGCGUCACUUCGUGACUGCACAAUGGCUCUUCUGUGCAGCUACUUCUCCUUUGCUCAUCAGUCAAGCGUGCUACGGCACUGCAAUUUGCAGAGCUUUGGUGAUUUAAUGCCUCUUGGAAAACUUCUGGGUCGGUCUGGUUGGAAAGGAUCAUAGAGUUGAGGUUUCUGCUGUGCUUGUGAAUAGUCUUGUUUGUUUUUCGACUUGUUGCCUGGGAGAUGCGAAUGUACCAGAGUC